AUGGCUCAAAAUCCAUAUUUAUCUUCGCAGCUGUCGAGAAUAUCCAGGCCUUCUGAACAAUUAAGAUCAAUUGUUCGUCUACCUGGACCAUUCGCCGAGCUUCCUCGUCACCCAAUCUUGUACAACCACCCUUCACCAAUCCAUCCACUGCCCUCUCUAUCAGUCAACCCCCAAAGUCCAAACCACCCUCGAAUCAACAUAUACGCCAAGCGUGAAGACCAUGGAUCACCACUCGCAUGCGCAGGUAACAAAUACCGCAAGCUCGAAUACAUCGUGCCAGACAUCUUAUCCUCCACACCAACAUACCAUUAUCACGAACAUCACCCGACAACACUGAAACUAGAUGGCCCAGCAACCAUCCUCGUAACCGAAGGCGCAAUCCAAAGCAACCACACCGUUCAAGUCGCAGCACUUGCGCGUACUCUAGGCCUCAAGGCAAUAGUCCUUCUUUCCCGCGGCACGGGCGGCGGCCUUCGCGCCAGCCAAAACCGCGAUUCCUUCCUUCGUUCGGGGAACGUACAGAUCAACCGACUUAUCGGAGCCGAAGUGCGGAUCCUGAAUGAAGGCGACCCGGCUGCCAUUGAUGCCAACCCUAUCCUCGAAGAACUCCGAGCGAGCGGGGAAAGACCCUACUGGAUUCCCGGAGGCGCAAGUCUCCAUGCGCUCGGCGGCCUGGGGUACGCACGCGCAGCAUUUGAGAUUGAAAUGCAGGAGCUUGAAUUGAAUCUCGAGGGCUCAGGCAGAUUCGAUUACAUCUUUGUGGCCUGUGGUAGUGGAAGCACUGUUGGUGGACUACUUGCUGGAUUUAAGCUGGGAGAAACAGGGCCGAGACAGGUCAUUGGUGUUUUGAACUCACCAACCAAGCCGCGAUCGUAUCACGCAGACCGAGUCCUAAGCUUUGCAAGGCGGGCAGCGGCACAGAUUGGGUUUGAUGGAAAUGAUAGGCCCAACGCAGAACAGACGAUUGCUAUGGAUGAUGUGCGGCUGGAAGAUCGGUUUGUGGGGACUGGGUAUGGAGUGCUAGAUGUGGAGACCACGGAGGCGAUGCGGAUCAUGGCGCAGUCAGAGAGUAUCAUUCUAGACCCGGUGUAUACGGCCAAGGUGGCUAGAGCGAUGAUGCACUGGGUGAGAGAAGACAAGAUACAGGAGUUUGCGCGACAGCGUGGCCUGGAAGAUGUGAAUAUAUUGUUCAUCCACACAGGAGGUCAAGCUGCAUUGGGAGCAUACGCGGAUGUGAUCUAA